AUGAGUUCGAAGAAUCGUCCUGUUUCAGCCGCCCCCACAAAGUCGGUAGUUACAGAACGUCUUUCGCAAGUCGCUGGACACAUAUCCGAGGCUGCACCUGGGUCUUCUUCGCCGGUGAACGUUGGGCGCAAAAACCGUCGCUUGAGAGCUUCGCGUAAUACCGGUGCACCAGCGGACUACUCCGAUGUGCUCUCGAAUCUGCAAAAGCUGAAACAAAUCGCACACACGCCCGAUCUUUCCAACCGGGGCUACAUACGACAGAAACGCGAAGGGAAAUUAUGGGUGAGAGAACGUCUAAAUCAGCUGGUCGACAAGGACAGUUUCAAGGAAAUCGGAAGCGCCAGUGGGCGGGUGGAGUGGAAGCAGACCGGGCCCAAAGACGAAGAACCAGUGGCGUUCACUCCGACUAACAACCUUCAAGGCUUCGGCCUCUUGGGCGGUAGGAAAGUGAUCAUAACGGCAGACGAUUACACGAUACGAGCUGGACACGCUGAUGGAGGUAUCUCCAACAAGACCAUCUACUCAGAGAAGCUUGCCGUGUCUCUCAAUUUGCCUAUCAUCAAGCUCACGGACGGGUCUUCUGGUGGUGGAUCCGUGAGUACGAUCAAGACGAUGGGUUGGUCCUAUGUCCCCGGUGUUCCCGGCUUUCUUGAUGCCGUGAAGGGCAUCAAUAUGGGAAUUCCGAACUUAGCAGCUGUACUAGGCCCAGCGAUUGGGCUUGGUGCCGCACGUGCGGUCAUCUCCCAUUUCUCGGUUAUGGCAGGAGAUAUAGGUAGUCUGUUCAACGCUGGGCCGCAGGUGGUCGAAGGGGCGACUUUUGAAGAGGGACUCACUUUGCGAGACCUAGGUGGUCCAGGAAUCCAUUGUUUGAACGGCACGAUAGACAAUCUUGCAGCGAACGAAACUGGAUGCUUUGAGCAGCUGCGGCGAGUUCUGUCGUACUUACCAAGUUGUGGACAGUCAAAGUUGCCCCCAGUAACUCCUGUCAGCGACCCAAUUGAGCGAGCCAGCGAGGAGCUGAGGUCAAUUAUACCUCGAAAGAAGCAACGCAUGUAUGAUGCUCGAGCGAUUAUCAGACCCGUUUUCGAUGCCGGAUCGUGGUUUGAGAUUGGGGCGUUAUGGGGAAGGACUGCGAUUGUCGGCCUUGCUAGGAUAGCUGGAAGACCUGUUGGGGUGAUUUCGCUCAACUGCGAAGUCAAUUCUGGUGCCCUUGACGCUGGAGGAUCUCAGAAAAUCACUCGGCAUCUGAAGUUGUGCGACGUGAUGAAUCUUCCUAUAGUCCAAUUCGUGGACGUUCCUGGUUAUGCCAUCGGGACUGUGGCUGAGAAACAAGCAACCAUGCGCUGGGGAGUUGAACUUGGGAAGGCUUAUAUCUCAACCACGAUACCAAUCUUCAGUGUGCUUACCCGAAGGGUCUAUGGCGUUGCUGGCGGUAUCAUGGUUGCCUGCCGCGAUCCGAUGGUGUGUGUGGCUUGGCCCAGUGGUGAAUGGGGAAGUCUGCCCCUCGAUGGUGGCAUCGAAGUCGGCCACAGAUGGGAGCUGAAACAGGCAGAAGAGGAUGGGAAGAAGAAAGAGCUGUAUGACCGGCUCGAGAAUGACUAUCGGCGUCUCAUGAAUCCAAUCCGCACAGCCAACGCUUUUGGAGUCGAGGAAAUCAUAGACCCGGCACACACGAGGCGGGUGGCUGCAGAAUGGGCUAUGCAUGUAUAUGACGAUGUACUGCCACAACGUCUCUUGGACCGGGCUGCAGGCCGGAUCCACCCAUCAUUUGCCUGA